GAAGCACCUGACUGCCAGAUCUGUUCACAAAGAAAAUUUACCGAGAUUGCCAUAUUUGGUAUCCAGAUGGUAUUGGAUGGACUGAACAAAGCCAUGAAAUGCUGGAUCAAAAACCCAAACCUGCCUCGAGACCAUCCCACGCUUAUGGAUAUCAAUGCAAAACGUGCUGACGCCAUCUCUCGGCUGGAGGAAGCGCAAGAAAUGCAAGAUGCGUCAAAUGUGGAGAAUCUCAUUCGACCAACAGUUGCACUAAACCCAAAGACACACCAGCCAAAUGUUGCCUGUGUGGUAGGCCCCACACGGCGAAUUACUCCCAAUGCCAAAAGAACUCAGCUAUGCGAAAAUCUUUCCAGGCCUCUCCAAAGGACGGCUGGAACAAUGCUACUGCUCUUUCCAGAGUUAAAGAAAAUUUCCCAUUGCAAUCGCCAGUCACUAACGAUAAAACAUCUAACGUAUAGCUCCAAAUUGAGCAAUCUCAAGAAAAUAGCCAGCCAAUCACAGUAAACCAAAUUACCAAUCUCAUCAACAACUUCCUCUGCCAAAUAUCUGCUAUCCUCAAGUCUGUUCCUGCUCCCAUUCAAUAACUCAAAAUUUAAUUCUCUCAACAUUGUGUCCUGCAACGCAGGUGGCAUCAGAAAUAAAUUUAAAGUGCUCAAAUAUUUCACCAUGAAUUGGGUACCAGACAUUAUUACUAUCCAAGAAACUCAUCUUCGUCCCUCGGACAACUUUAAAAUUCCAAACUACUCCAGCUACAGACUGCUACAGACUGACCGACCACGUUCCAAACUAUUCCAGCUACAGAUUGACCGACUCACUGACAAAGGUGGUGGUUCUGCUAUUCUUGUCAAAAACUCUAUUCCUCAUCAUCCUACCCCCAUUUUCUCUUCUAGUUUCGAGAACACUUCAAUUUCAAUAGAUCUCUC